AUGGGCAAGCGCAGCAAGCGCGCGGCGGCCAGCUCGUCCUCGGAGGACGACGAGGAGUUCGUGGUGGAGCGCGUGCUGGACCGGCGCGUCGCCAAGGGCCACGUCGAGUACCUGCUCAAGUGGAAGGGCUUCUCCGAGGAGCACAACACGUGGGAGCCCGAGCAGAACCUGGACUGCCCCGAGCUCAUCUCCGAGUUCAUGCGCAAGGACAAGAAGGGCAAAGAGGGCGACGGCGCCAAGGGGCGGCCCGAGGGCGCCAAGC